AUGCCAAAAUUUGCAGAAGACACAAAACUUAGAGGUAUGGUGAAUUGUAAGGAAAAUGGUGAUACAACUCAAGUGGCUGUAGAGAGGCUGGUGGAAUGGGCAGACACAAAGCAGAUGCAAUCUAAUGAAGAGAAGUGUAAAGUGAUACAUUUUGGUAGGAAGAAUGAAGACAGCCAGGGACCUGCAACCUUAGAGACGGACCUUAUCAUCGGUUACAUUGAAAGCAUCAUUCACCAAGUCUUUUUGAAAGUCAAUCACUUUUAUUUUGAAAAAUCAACUUCAUUUGUACGAGCCAAUAAAAGACCUUCAUCCGCAUCGGAUUGUACCGGCGAGUGUUUCGACCAUGCCACAAUGUUUAUAACUGUCUGUUUGUUGCUGAGUUUUCUGGAUUUCAGUAGACAGCAGUCGCCGUUGCCCCGGGUGCCGGCUGUGGCUCCGAAGGUGCCGUGCUCCCCGUCCCCAGCCUGCGAGUCCAGACUGCGGAGGGAUGCCGGGGGGCGCGGAGGGGUGUACGAACAUCUCGGGGGAGCACCGCGGCGGAGGAGGCUCUACUGUGCCACCAAGUACCAUCUGCAGAUCCAUCUCAACGGGAAGAUCGAUGGCACGCUGGAGAAGAACAGCAUCUUCAGUAUAUUAGAAAUAACUGCAGUUGAUGUAGGAGUUGUGGCGAUUAAAGGUUUGUUUUCGGGUAGAUACUUGGCGAUGAACAAUAGAGGACGCUUGUAUGCGUCGGAAGUCUACAACCAGGAGUGUGAGUUUGUGGAACGCAUUCACGAACUGGGAUAUAACACGUACGCUUCCAGAUCCUACAGGACCAUUCCAAACUCAGCGGGAACAAGGCGCAGAAAUAGCGCCGAGAGACUUUGGUACGUGUCCAUCAAUGGAAAAGGCCGACCCCGAAGGGGCUUCAAAACCCGAAGGACUCAAAAAUCCUCCCUUUUCUUGCCGAGGGUGCUGGAUAGCAAGGACCACGAAAUGGUCCGAUUAUUCCACACCAGUUCCAAAUAUCGAGAGAGCCUAUUGAAAAGUUCAAGCAAGGCCGAGAAAACGAGGGCCGCCCAAUAG